CAUUAAUGAUCUUUGUUUAAUCGUCAAUGGAAAACAUGGACCAUUUGUCAGCUUUAAAUUCUCCACAAAGAAAGAAAACUUGGUUUUCAUUUUAUAGAUAAAUGAAAGAACCCAUAAAGAACCUAGUCUACAAUGUUUACCCGAAUGUUAAGCCUAUUUCCAAUACCAUAUAGUCACGAGUCAGACCAUGGAUGGGCCAAAGAUUUCCAUUACUACCACCAAGCAAAAAACUCGCUACUUGUUUUGUUAAAGCUUAUCUGUUCAAAGAAUUUAGCAAGAAAUCUAUAAUUGAGUGUUGUAAAUUGAAAGCAGAGAUUUGAGUCUCAUCUGUUUUUGCGCUUGAAAAGCUCCAUCACAUCAUCAAUGUGGCCUUGAAAGAUUCCUUGCUUGUCUCUUCUAUAAAUACCUCCUAUAACCUCACACUCUUUUCCUCUGCACUUUUUCCAUUCCCUUUUUCCAUAUCUUUCCCCUGUUUCUGAGCUCUGCUUUCUGCUGUUUUUCCUCUUUGAAACGUCUCUAAAAUGGAAAACGGUGAAGACGGGUUCCCACCAUACAUGCUUUUCAGAACCCAAAAAACAUUCGCUUCAGUUCAGAUUUGCUUGAGAAUUUUCGCAAUUGGAGCCACAUUGACCGCAGCUUGGCUCAUGCUCACUAACAAGGAAUCCACUAAAAUUGGCGUCUUUGUCAUGUAUGCUCGAUAUAGCUACUCCUCAGCUUUCAGGUUCUUUGCCUUUGCAAAUGUUGUUGUCUGUGCAUUCUCUGUGCUGUCCUUGAUGUUCCUCUUCAUCCUUGCUCGAUACGGCUCAAGCCCUUCCCAUUUUUUCUUCCUGUUCCUCCAUGAUUUGUUCAUGAUGUGCUUGAUUCUUGCUGGAUGCGCGGCUGCCACAGCAGUAGGUUUCGUGGGGAAGUAUGGGAAUAGCCACUCUGGUUGGAUGCCCAUCUGCAACCAUUUUGUUAGAUUCUGUCACAGAACAACAAUUUCUUUGAUGGUCUCCUACUUCUCCUUGCUUUUCUUGCUCAUACUGACAGUCACUUCUGCAAGCAACUCUAGGAGAAUUAAGAAGUAGGGCUUGAACAUAAUGUAGCUGAUUGUGUCAAAAUAAAAAAGAAGAACCAGAAUAGGAAGAUGUUGUUGAUAUGAGGUUGUCGUGUAAACUUGCAAGGACUUAUUUCUAUAUGAAAAGGAACCAACUCGAUGAUCUCAUCGUC